AUGUCAUCUGAACCGGUGCGCCCAACACCACCCAAUGUUGGUUCCGCCAGCACUUCGCAGCAGCUAACCUCUGCAUUCUCUCUGCAGGUGCACCCAUUGCGCAUCACCAAGGGCAGCACGCCGCCAAACUCUUCACCCACGAAGACGCCCAACCUUCCCCAGCCCCGCCCCCUAUCUGAAAUCUCGCCCACCGAAAGGAGACGUAAUUCUCCUAGCUGGAACCAAAUGGCUCCUACCAAGAAGACGGCAGCGCUCAGCAAUGAUUCGUCUCCAUUCCAGACUUCGCCCGCCGAUUCGGUGACAUCGCCGCGGGUCUUCUGGCAGAACCGAAAUUCGGAAAACAUGUACAGCAACGGCUCGCCUUCGUCUCACCGGCGCUCCUCGAUCGAGCGUCUCCAGAAGGCUUCACGCGUCAAGAACAGCAACAUUUUGGCGCUUGAGCAGAAGCAAGAAUAUGACCCGACUCGGCUUCCUCAGAUCGAAAGACCCCUAGCCAAGGUCCAGCCCGGCGCAUUCAACUUUUCUGGAGGCUCGUCUGGCCCUGAUGGCGAAAAAUCAGCAUCCCCGAUGAGCCCAACCAAAUCAGACUAUUCGGGUCCCAGCACGCCGAGGGGACCCAGCAAAGACCAGGCUUCGCCCACAAAAUCAUCGCUAUCUCCUUCCAAAUUCAAGAGCAGCUUCGACCAUGAGACGGGCUUGUGGUCUGCGGACUCGUCCGCUCUGGACGGCCCUCCAAGCGGCCGACCUUCACAUCGCCACACGAAGAGCGUAACAUUCGAUAAUGCACCACCCCAGAUCAACGAGUAUGAAAUGGCCACCCCGGAUCUGUCUUCUAUUGGAACGAACUCGCGCGAGGGUAGUUAUGACUCGGAGGAGGAGGACGACGAAGAUGACGAGGAUCUUCUUUACGAUCCCGCUCACAUGGGUGGCCCAGAUGAUGAGAGCUUCGAUGCAUCUCUCGAGGAUACAGACAAGACUCCAGUUGUGGGGCCGGAUGACUGGGCUCGAGACAACUCUUUAGUUCACCAUAGUGAAGGUGAAGAUGAUGAUGGAAGUCUGAUGCCCGAGGGCACUCGAGGAGCAAUCAGUUCGGGGCGCCUAUCCAUGGGAUCUGUUGGGUCCGUCGCAGAAAACCGCCCUCUCCCUCCACUCCCCGGUGCAGGUCACGUCAGGAGCCAGUCUGCCGGCUCUGUACCCUCAUCCCCCGCCCUCUCACAGACUCCAGAGGGCUCCCACAGAAGCCUGCCCGUUCCACCGCCUACCUCUGCGACAAAAUCCGAUAUUGAGAGCUUCAUUAGCGGCAAAAUGUCGCUUGAAGAAAGACUCAAGCUCAUGAUGUUGUCCGACGAUAACAGUGGUAAGACUGCUGCCGAGCAACAGCGCGAGCGACGUCUUCGUCGCAGCUCUGGCCGCAGUCGAAGCUCAUUAUCCCAUGACAACUCGCUCGCCAUAGUCGACACUCAAGAUGACCAAAUCGGCGACGACGCUCACAAUGAUGACGAUGAGCUAGAGGCGCAUGAUGCUCAUGAGACUCGUGAGGAGGAGGAAAAUAUUGGGGAUAUGUCCGGAAUUGGAGAUUAUCAGCUGCCACAGCCCAUUUCCAGAGAGUCCAUUAUGAAGCGUGUUAACGGUAAUAAGGCAUUGGCGGAUCCCGAAGCAGACUAUAACUUUUCCUCGCCGCCUGCUAGUCCUCUUCGAGACCAACACUUUCCUCUUGACCCUGACGUCCCCAUUCCAUCAACUGAAGAUUCAUUGAUGGACGAAGAAGACGAUGACGAUAGGAGUUAUGACGACGAAGAUGAUUAUGACGACGAAGAUCCGGCGGAGAGCAGUGUGAUUAUCCAUCGGGUCAUUCAUGAAGACUCCACCGGAUUCGAUAUGUACGACUCCGAUUACGACGAUGAAUAUGAUGAUGAGCUUGACGGUUCUCACUUCCAAUCGGAUGACGAUCUAGAAGGCUCCCACUCUCACUAUGGCGGCGAGGGGGAUAGCGAGCACACAGAAGAUGGUCUUGGCUAUAGAGAUAAUUCUAUCCAAGAAGACAUUACUCUUGAAGUCCCUGCCAAAGAGCCGGCCGAGGAGCCUGCCGAGGAACCUGCCGAGGAAUCUGCCAAGGAAUCUGCCAAGGAAUCUGCCAAGGAACCUACCAAGGAACCUGCAAAAGAAGUUGUCAAAGAACUUUCACCUCUGGACCAUGAGAACGAGGCCGAAGAGGCGCUGACUCCACGAGCCAUCUCGCCAUUAGACUCCAUCGACCAAAGCAGUGCUGACGCUGAGUCUAGUAUUGUUAGCGAGUUUGCGGGGUCGGUGGUUUCUGAACUGGAAUCGGAUUUCACUUAUGACACAGGGCUGGAUCCUAACCACGACGUCUCAGAGGAGCUAGAUGAUGAGUCGCCAAGAGUAUCAACUGAUAUUCCCCAAAUUAAAACGCCGGAAAAGUUGAUCCCGAAGCCAGAUUAUGACGGUGCCGGUUGGGGUGAUGAUUCGUUCAAGUCAUACGACGACGAUAGAUCGACAACUCCCGACUCUGUCAUCCACAAUCCUGUAUCCGAAGAUGAAGAAGAACAUACAAUCAUUGAGAAAGAAUCUCCCGAGAUUCCCGAACGGCUCGCAACGAUCAAAGCCUCCGGCUCCAAGUUGAAGACAAGAAUCUCCAACACGCCUUCCGACAUUGCAGCCAUGCGAGAAGCUCGCAGGCACGUUAGCGGCGAAAUACCAAGUGUUCCAUCAAUUCCGAACAAGCACCGUGGGCUUGCGCCGCGAGAUGGCAAAGACCUUGAGCUGAGCAGUGACAGUUUCCUGGCGCGACACCCAAGUUUUAAGAAUCGGAGUCUCACACUAGAUCUGGAUAUGGGCCUUAGCUUGGAUAAAGAUUUUGAACGAGUUAUCGAGACGCAAAAGGUAGCUUUCAGUCGCCCACUUCCCUUUACACUGCAGAUUACCUCCACCAAUCACCACCACCCUUCGCCUCGACAAGUGUCAGGGGAGCAACUCACUUCACUAGGUACAAGUCAACUAGAUGCUAAUAUUACACCUCCAACUCAGCGCGGAUAUCUGAUGCGACAAAACACCAAACUCGUGACUGCCAGCGAUAAGGAUGCGGAGGAUUCUUGGAGGACAAAAUCAGCCAGUAAUUCGCCCAUCAAAGCCGCGAAUCGGCCGCAGUCAUGGACUGUCGAACCUUGGAACAGCCAAACUCGUCGCAGUAUUCGAAAGGGACAGCCGGUCUUAAGUCCCGUACCGCCCCUGCCGGGUCAGGAGAGCAACGCUACCGCUCUCAACAAGGUUGUUGAAGAGGACUACAACGUUGAUGUGGCCAGCCCAGAGUCGGGUGAGAGGGGUCGUCUCUUUGUCAAGGUCGUUGGUGUGAAGGACCUUGAGCUUCCCAUUCCGAAGAACGAGCGAAGUUGGUUUAGCCUGACGCUGGAUAACGGCGUUCAUUGUGUGACAACAGCUUGGUUGGAACUGGCUCGCAACGCACCAAUCGGCCAAGAGUUUGAACUUGUCGUUCCAAACGACCUCGAGUUCCAAUUGACCUUGAACGUGAAACUAGAGAAGCCGACCUACUCUCACGUCCAGCCUGCGGCGGUUAAGAUGGCAAAACCCAAGACAUCAACAUUCAGCAGAGUUUUUGCGUCACCAAAGAAGCGCAAGGAGCUUGAGCUUCGGCAGAGAGCAGAGGAGGAGCGUUUUGCGCAGCAGCAGAAAGAGGCGUUGGCGCGGCAGCGUAAGGAUGCUGGCUCGGCCUACGAGCUCUUUUCGCGGCUAGCUGCCGAAGAUGGAAGCUUUGCUCGCGCUUACAUCUCCUUAAAAGAGCACGAAAACCGAUGCUUCGGUCGCCCAUACACCGCCGAGGUUGUCUGCUUCAAUGAGUGGGCUAGUGAAGAAGAGAGCUUUGCCUCUACCAUCAAGAGCAAGCGAGGCAAUGCUUCUGGCAUUCUCAGGCGGGCGCCGUACAAAAUUGGAAAGCUGGAGCUUCAGCUUCUGUUUGUACCUCGCCCCAAUGGCAUCACAGACGACGAUAUGCCCAAGAGCAUGAAUUCAUGCAUUCGAGAGCUCAAGGCUGCCGAAGAGAGACUCGCCCGUAACUGGGAGGGUGUCUUGAGCCAACAGGGUGGUGAUUGUCCCUACUGGCGCCGUCGAUACUUUAAGCUUGUUGGCACAAAGCUGACUGCUUAUCACGAGGCUACUCGCCAGCCUCGCGCAACAAUCAACCUCUCCAAUGCCAAGCGAUUGAUCGAUGAUCGUAGAACAUUGAUGGAGAAGGAGACAACCGGCAAAGGCGGGAAGCGUCGCAGAUCUGCCUUUGCAGAGGAAGAAGAGGGCUACAUGUUUGUUGAAGAGGGUUUCCGGAUACGCUUCAACAAUGGUGAAGUCAUUGACUUUUAUGCCGAUACGGCCGAAGACAAGGAAGGCUGGAUGAAGGCCCUUUCAGACGUCAUUGGCCGUGGUGAUGCCGGUCUAGAUGAGGAAGCCGGUGGGCCCCGAUCGCGGGCGAAGUGGUGCGAGCUUGUCCUCAAACACGAAUCGCAGAUUCGACGUCGCACUGAGAGCCGAAGAGUGCACUCACGAACGAGGAGUACGUUCAACUAA